AGACCAUAUUGGUUUUAUAUUUUUCUGAGUAUGGAAAAAGAAAAAAAAUUCCCAUAGAUAGCAACUAAAUCACUGAAUCAGCAACAAAAAGGAAACAACAAGAUCUUCCAUGAAAGAUACUUCGAAAAGAUUUCAUUUCGAGGCCGUACACUUCUUUGUUUUAAAGACCCAGAAGCGUUUUAGCCUCUUUUACUCUCUCUUUCUUUUUUCGAGCAGAGGGAAUAAUAAUAGGAUACAAAUAUAGUCCUUUAUUUUUUGUUUUGUAAAGCAGGGGAAAAGGAGAGAUAGACAAAUGUUUGAAGAAAAGGAAAAGUCUUGUACUUUUCCGCGAGAACUAGUUGGAGUGAAUGUGGGUCUUGCGUUCUUUGAUGGCAUUAUUGCUGUUAUUGCUUUUAGUCAGUUAGUCCAGCUCCACCCUUUUGCUUGCAGCCCUAUUUGUUUACCCAAACGCAAUGGUGGUUUGAGCUGCUCACGGAUUCACUUCAGGAAUUUACAACUAGGAUGGACUCGCCAGAAAGUGUUCCAUUUACUGAUUGGUUCUACUAAUGCUGGUUACUUCGUUUAUUUUGUCUUGACUCUGGUUGCUGCAUGCAGAGGGUGGCUUUGCUGGUCAUACUCUUGUGGUUUUAUAGCCAUGGCCUUCCCCAGAAUUCUAUUCUUUGCAACAUUUCUUCUACUUUUGUCAUUCUGGGUCGACCUUUGCCACCAGGCAGAUGAUGAAGAGGAAGAGGAUGAUGAACAGGGCUUUCUAGAAGCUUUACUACAAAAUUCCUUAAAUAGACCAAGGUCUUCAACUACAGAUAGUCGCAGAAUAUGUUAUCCUUUCCGUUUAAUUCAUGUUGGAAGCCGUCAAAAAAUAGUGAUUCUGGUUACUGUUCUAGUUUUUCUUUUUAUGCUGACAUUUGCUGUGCUAAUCUGGAUUGGGAUGGAAGAUAAUCCUAUUGAUUCCUCAACUGUAGCUCGGGUUUAUGUAGAUCUUUUUGCUGCUGCAAUACUAUUGUUAGGUGGAGCAUUAGCAUGUUAUGGGCUCCUAUUAUGCCGUAAAAUGAGAAAUGUUAGAUCUGAAAGAGCUUCAUCUGAGAUCUGGAAGGUUGCAGGUUUGGCCAUUGUAUCUGUUCUGUGUUUCACAUCGAGUGCUUUGGUGGCUCUUUUGACUGAUAUUCCAGUACUUUAUCACUGGCAUGAACUGCACAUAGAUGGUGUUUAUACUUCGCUUUUACUGAUUUUAUAUUAUUUUAUAGGUUCAGCAGUGCCCUCAGCUUUUGUAUUAUGGGUCAUGAGAGAAUUACCACCCAUGUCUGCUAACAUACAAGAAGAAUCAACAACAGUUUUCAUUACUGAUGAUCCAGUUGAAAUCCGUCGUCCCCAGAGCUGGGCUACCGCAGCAAGCACGCAGAAUCAGGAUAUAUGGAAGGGACCCUUUGACUUGUGGCUGUUAUCGCAGGGAUCAAGAGGUAGUCCUAUAUAAUUGCUCCGUCAUUCGUAAACAUGUAUGCUUAUCUUCCCAAGCGAGCAACGUCAGCUGGAAACUGGAAAAAUCUGAUGCAAUAAGAGUGGAUUGCGCAAUGAGCAGCGAUCAAAAGGUUACAAUUGCUGACUUGACAGGGCAGUCGGAGUACAGCCGUAAGGUUGCCAUUGCCCAUGCCAUGUUUUUGACAUUUGGAGCAUGGAAAUAGCACCGGAAUGCUGGAUGAUUUUUUCUGUUGGUCUUUUAACUUCCACAUGGUUGUCCAAUUGUAAAGACAUUUGAUAUGCUUACGUCUUCACCACACACGUAGGUAUUUAAUGGUUCCUCAAUAGAUAAAUUAAAGCCAUUUUUUUUUA